UUCAGCCGGGUUUGAUUCCAACUUUCACAUCUCUCCUCUCCCCUAAUUGGCCCUCGGAGGUUGAUCAGAUUAACCAAGUAUGCUGCAUGUUAGACCAACGCAAGAGAGGCAAACGCGGGAUGUGCUUACGAACAUUUAGAGAAAAUGGAAAUUCUAUGAAAGUGACUGAAUGAAAUCUAAUGAAUGUAAGCUAAUCUGCUCAAUCUAAACAGUUGCAAUGUCAAAGGAAUCUGGGAGUUUACUAGCACUGCCCUAAGAAAAUCACAGAGCCCAUAAAACAUCAGACUAUCAACGUACUCGCAACUUUGCAUGAUGAAAGAGGAAUUCUAUCACAAACGCAGCGGUCUUGCAGAAACUGGAGUUAGGUGAAUGAGAGAUGCUGAGGCGAGUCUCCACGCGGGUCCAGGCAGCCGUUGGGUGGGCGCGUGGGUCCUGACGCCCUGCUCACUGUGUGGCAGCAGGACAGCUCCGCACGCCCCCUGCGGUUAUGCUUCCCACUCGCACCAACGUGGCUGCUGGGAUCCCCAGCAGCAAAGUGAAAUACUCAAAGCUCUCCAGCACUGACACUGGGCACAUUAACCGUCAGAAGGAAACUUCGCCUACCGAAGCUAGCUUUAAAUCGAAAAGAUGUCCAGUGAGAUCUCACUUAGUAAAGUUUAAGAAAAACUCUACGAGGAUUCCUUAUAAGGCCAUUGCCUGUGCCACCGCGCAGUUUUUGAUUGGCGCCUUUCUCGUUGUCACGGGUUGCCUCCUGCUGGCAGGCUACAUCAGCAAAGUGGGCGCCAACCGGGCUGUUGCCGUUCUGAUUGUUGGCAUCCUGGUGUUCCUGCCUGGGUUUUACCACUUGCUCAUCGCUUACAGAGCGCACCGAGGCUGCCAGGGCUGCUCCUACAGUGACCUUCCGGACUGUGAUGUCUAGCGCCCCCUGCAGCCAGGAGAAGAGUCACAGAUGGGGCUCAGCGGAGCUUUAAGGCGUUUGGCAGAGGCUGUGGACCUCUAUGCCUAAAGAUUAAGGAAUUCUGACGCUUUGUAGAUACAUAGCAAAACUAUGGCCAGAUUUUAUCAAUUCGUCCCCAAAAUGUUUACAAUUAGCCAAAUAGGAAGCUGGGAAAUGCUCCAUUUUUAUGUUCCUGGCCCUGGCUAAAACUCCCGACAAAUGUUUCCACAUGUAUAGUGGAAGAACAGCAAUGGUAAUUGUAUGGGGAAGUGAAAAGUUAUUUUGUAGGGCAAAAUGUUGCCACCACCCUAUUUAGAGCCGAACGUGUCUUUUAAGCAGUCCUCAUUGGUAAUUUUAUCUUGUGGCAAAUGGAAAAAUGCAGUAUGUCUGAUUUCAUAUUACUAAGUAAUUUACUUGGAAAAUUUCUGAGUAUUUUAUCCCCCAUGCUUAUCUCCACCUCUGUAACCUAUAGAUACCUUGGUAAAACCAAGUAUCAACUUAGGAAAAAUAAAGAGCAAUACAGUUGUGUUGUGUGCAACUUUAGAGUCAGAAGUGGUUUUAAACCCCAGAUGCCAACGUUUUUAACUGUAUGACCUUGGACAAAUUAUCUUAAUACUCAGAGUUUGGGACCAUAAUUCCUACUGCUCUGGGUGUCCGUAUGGGUCAAAUAUAGUAUUUAUGUCAACAUGGCACAUAAGUGUUCCCCAAAGUGUUAAUUGCUCACUGUCAAAUAGGGUUUUAUAGAAGACGCACGUGAAAUUCACUAAAGCCAUAGGUGAAGUGCUUCCAUCCACUUCAGGCUAACCUAGGAAAGUUGGCCACCCAAGAGAAUGAGACUGCUAAUCUGUAAUCUUGGUUUAAAUCAGGGCACUGGGUUGCUUUCUAUAUGAGCCUUUUCCUCUUGAGUCCUAUGUAGGAAUAGGGCAGAUCAAGGAUUUGUGUCACCUAAGGCUUAUGCAAUCUGAAGGGCUCUCUUAAGAAAAGAGAAUUCAAAAAUAUGAAUUAGAAAUUAAGUGCAGGGCAUAACAAAGGGCCUAUAUUAAGUAUCAUCAACUUCAUGGUAAA